AUGACUGCUCUGCCACCUCUAGAAAAGACCCCCAGAAAGAGGGGAAGACCACAAAUUACAAAAGAUUAUCCAAAUCCAUUGGAUAGUCCCAUGGCACAUUCAUCAUUGAGAGUCCAAAGGCAAGGCAUUAAGGAUUUUACUAAACCAACGAUGAAAGUAAAUCAAAAUGCAUCCUCCUCUUCCACCACCUCCUCCACUCACUCUAAUCCAAGGAAAACAUUAGCACAAAGAAAGGGCUCCAUUAUAAAUAUAAGAACUCCAACAAAGAGAAACUCCGUUUCUUCACCCUCGCCAAGAAAGAAACUAAUGACCGCCAACAACAUGGAUACACCGAUACAUUCCAACUUAACGACCUCGUCACCACCAAAUUCCAUGCUCUUUUCCAAUAAUUUACAAAGUUCACCCUUUAUAGAUCUAAAUUCAUCACCACCCCCACCAGCAGCACCGCCACCACCAUCGAAAAGUUUCAAAAAACAUCUGCUCCCACCUGCUAAGAAGUUGAAUAAUAAAUUCACGUUAUCACUCUCAGUUGAUGAGUCCGGUAAGGCAAUAAUAGCACCAGUAGCUCCAACUCCACGCUCACCUCCAUGUUCCAGUGCACGUUCACCAGCACAAUUCUCAUCUCCCAUAUUCAGGGAACAACAACCACCACCAGUGAUAACACCGAAAAGAGUAUUAUUUAAUGAAAAUAAUGGUUACUACCCUCAAAAUAAAGUAAUGUAUACCAAGACUCAUCAAUUACAAAUGCAAUUGCAAUUACAACAACAAGAACAGAAUCAGCAUCAACAAUACGUUUUCAAACUAUUAAGUGGUGACCCUUUACUAAUCACUGAUGAACUCGAGACAAAUUGGUCAGAAACCCCCAAUGUAAUCAUACAUCAAAAUAAUUCCAGUACUACAAAUGGUAAUGGAUUAAUACUCUCUCCUCAACGAAGAAGAAAAUCUUCAUAUUAUAAUAACACACCACCUUCCAUAUUAUCAUUGACGAAAACAGCUGGCAUGUUUAGUCCCCCCGAUUAUAAUCAAGUAAAGACAAGGAGGCAAGUUCAAACUUCAUCAUCAUCCCUGGAGGAUCAAAAUAAUAAAAUAUCAAGAUUAAGUGCACCACCAUCCACUUCAGAUUCAACUGGUUCCAUGAGAAGAGGUCCACCUCCUACAACACCAACUCUAACAAAUGAAUCACUUUUUGAAAAAUAUUCUGCUGCAAUAAUUGAAUGUACACCUUUAAUUCAACAAACAAUGAAUGGAUCUCUUAAUAGUAAUGGUAAAUAUAUUCCCGCCACAUCUUUAAUACAAUCACCAAUGAUACUUAACGAAAAUAGUAAUAAUAAUAAUAAUAAUAAUAAUAAUAAUGAACUUAAUGACCCAAGUAGAAGCAAAGAUGAUGCCAGAAUGGCAUUGAAACAACUAAUCAAUGAACGCAAAACUAUAGAAAAUACAACAACAAAUCCUUGA